AAACCCACCCUGGACAGCGCGGCAUAGACAGGGAAGGUUUGCUCGCUCUGAGGGAUUGCCAGCACAUCAGAAGGGGCCGGGAGCUGGGGGAGGAGAUUGGAGGGAGAGGUAAUCCCUGGCGUUUUGAGCAUCCCCUUUUUAGAAAGACGGAGUCUCUCCCAGGACAGCUGCUGCGGUCACACCACAAACUUAAAAGCCGCCCUGCUGCUUGGAGCGUGCCUUUCCUCACCACGCUCGCUUGGCCUAAGCGCCAACUGGUGGUUCACUGUCCUAGAGAAGCGCUCGGGGGACAGGAGCGCCCCCUGCCUUCCCGCCCGGCCGUAGCCGCGGCCUCGGUGCUCCGCCAGGGCCGCCCGCGCUCCGCGGUUAAGCCGAGCUGCCGCUCCGAAGAACACGCGUCUGUGGCCGUGGUCGCCGUCCUCUCGGCUUCUUCUGGCUGUCCCUUCCUCUCUCCGAGCUUGCGUCAUAAGGAAAGGAAAAGCGACAAGAGUUGCCAGCAGGAAGGGUGAACUAACAGUAUUUAAAAGACAAAAUCCUCAUCAUGACCGCUCAUAAAGAUGAGAACCCAAGGUCCAGAAGUCAAGAUCUUUACCUUUUUCAUGCUUGGAUGAUGCUAAUCACGACUGUGCUGUUUCUUCCUGUCACUGAAACAUCUAAACAAAAUAUUCCACGACUCAAGCUAACCUACAAAGACUUGCUGCUUUCAAACACCUGCAUUCCCUUUUUGGGUUCAUCGGAAGGACUAGAUUUCCAAACUCUUCUUUUGGAUGAGGAGAGGGGCGUACUGCUCCUAGGAGCCAAAGACCAUGUCUUUCUGCUCAGUCUGGUGGAUUUGAACAAGAAUUUUAAGAAGAUUUAUUGGCCUGCUGCAAAGGAACGAGUGGAAUUAUGUAAAUUAGCUGGAAAAGAUGCCAAUACAGAAUGUGCAAAUUUCAUCCGUGUGCUUCAACCCUAUAACAAGACUCAUGUUUACGUGUGUGGAACUGGAGCAUUUCAUCCCCUGUGUGGAUAUAUUGAUCUUGGAGCCAACAAGGAGGAACUCAUAUUUAAACUAGACAUGCAUAACCUGGAGUCUGGCAGACUGAAGUGUCCCUUUGAUCCUCAGCAGCCUUUUGCUUCAGUAAUGACAGAUGAGCACCUCUACUCUGGAACAGCUUCUGAUUUCCUUGGCAAAGACACUGCAUUCACAAGAUCCCUUGGGCUAAUGCAGGACCACCAUUACAUCAGAACUGACAUUUCAGAACACUACUGGCUCAAUGGAGCAAAAUUUAUUGGAACAUUCCCAAUUCCAGACACCUAUAAUCCAGAUGAUGAUAAAAUAUAUUUCUUCUUUCGAGAAUCAUCUCAGGAAAGCAGUACCUCUGACAGAAGCAUUCUUUCAAGAGUUGGAAGAGUUUGUAAGAAUGAUGUAGGUGGGCAACGAAGUCUGAUAAACAAAUGGACUACUUUUCUUAAGGCAAGACUGAUUUGCUCAAUUCCUGGAAGCGAUGGGGCAGACACUCACUUUGAUGAACUCCAAGAUAUUUACUUACUCCCUACAAGAGAUGAAAGAAAUCCUGUAGUUUAUGGAGUCUUUACCACAACCAGCUCCAUCUUCAAAGGCUCUGCUGUCUGUGUGUACAGCAUGGCUGAUAUCAGAGCAGUUUUUAAUGGUCCCUAUGCUCAUAAGGAAAGUGCAGACCAUCGUUGGGUGCAAUAUGAUGGAAGAAUACCUUAUCCCCGACCUGGAACGUGUCCAAGCAAAACCUAUGACCCACUGAUUAAGUCCACCCGAGACUUUCCAGAUGAUGUUAUCAGUUUCAUAAGGCGGCACCCGGUGAUGUAUAAGUCCGUGUACCCAGUGGCUGGAGCCCCGACCUUCAAGAGAAUCAACGUGGAUUACAGACUGACGCAGAUAGUGGUGGAUCACGUGGCCGCUGAAGACGGGCAGUAUGAUGUCAUGUUUCUCGGAACAGACAUUGGAACAGUCUUGAAAGUUGUGAGUAUCUCCAAGGAGAAGUGGAAUAUGGAAGAGGUAGUACUUGAGGAGCUUCAGGUAUUCAAGCACCCAACAGCUAUCUUGAACAUGGAGUUGUCGCUGAAGCAGCAACAGUUGUACGUCGGUUCCUGGGAUGGACUGGUGCAGCUCUCCUUGCACAGAUGCGACACUUACGGAAAAGCCUGUGCCGAUUGCUGUCUCGCAAGAGACCCUUACUGUGCUUGGGAUGGAAAUGCUUGCUCCAGAUAUGCACCCACUUCUAAAAGACGAGCUAGACGCCAGGACGUAAAGUAUGGGGACCCAAUCACUCAGUGCUGGGACAUAGAAGACAGCAUUAGUCAUGAAACAGCUGAUGAAAAGGUGAUUUUCGGGAUUGAAUUUAAUUCAACCUUUUUGGAAUGUAUACCUAAAUCCCAACAAGCCUCUGUUGAGUGGUACAUCCAGCGGUCAGGAGAUGAGCAUAGAGAGGAGUUGAAACCUGAUGAAAGGAUCAUCAAAACGGACUAUGGGCUACUGAUUCGAAGUCUGCAGAAGAAGGACUCUGGGAUGUAUUACUGCAAAGCACAGGAGCACACUUUCAUCCACACCGUAGUGAAGCUGACUUUGAAUGUCAUUGAGAGUGAACAGAUGGAAAAUACCCAGAGGGCAGAAUACCAGGAGGGGCAGGUCAAGGAUCUGUUGGCUGAGUCACGGUUGAGAUACAAAGACUACAUCCAAAUCCUUAGCAGCCCAAACUUCAGCCUGGACCAGUACUGUGAGCAGAUGUGGUACAGGGAAAAACGGAGACAGCGUAACAAGGGCAGCCCAAAGUGGAAGCACAUGCAGGAAAUGAAGAAGAAACGAAAUCGACGACAUCACAGAGACAUGGAUGAGCUUCAGAGAUCAGUGGCUACAUAGUUUUCUAUUUAAUUUAAAGAGGGAAUUAUUUACCUGCCUGCACAAAUAAUGUCUCUGUUUUGUACAUCCCUUAGACUAACUCAUCCAUGCUUCCCAUGGAGUCUCACUGACGCACAGGAUGCUAUGUUGAAUAAGACUGUAUAGGACAUCAUCUGAACCAGCCUUCUGAGAACAAAACCUGUAAUCAGCAAAGUCAAGAAUUGUCUUAAAAAUGGGGGCCUUACGUUUGUAAAUGUUUUAUAGUUUGAGUUUAAUGUCAUGUAAAUAAGCAAGCUAAGUGAAUACCAGGUUCACUGAGUAAGGUGCCUGUCCCCAAGCAUGUCCAGGAAACAUGGACUUUCCCAUGCUGUUGGGUAUGUUCUUAGAAGCAGCUUAAGUAUUCCAUUCUAGAACAGGUGAUCUUGUAGGAACUGGAGAAAAGGCACAAAUUAGAACAGCUUAUGUUAGUAACAGAAACUUUAUCAAGGAGCCAUCAGCCCACACUUGGAGCUGGGCAUGGGAAUUUAGAAAGGUGUGUUCCCUCUUUCUGGAAACAGGCUCCAUUUAGUGUACUGCAGUAGUGAUUUGUAAGAGGGUAUUAAUGAUCCUAAUCAGGUUCCUUUUGAUUGGUCAUGAGAAACAGCAUCACAGACAGAACCAGAUGUUCAAUGAUGUGCUCUAGAAUACACGCUAUAGGAACUUAGUACACAAUUACUGUGUACUUUGGGAAACAUGGUUAAAUAUCUUAAUAUAAUAAUAAGGGUGACAUGAUGUACACUAUGUACUAAUCUGUAGAUGGAAAUUGUUAGGAUAUAAACAGAAAGACAGCUAUAAGUUCUGGCUCUGAGAAAAAUUUAUAUUGCCAUAAAAAUAGGAGAAAGCCACAAAGUAGAUAGAAUGUAAUGGGAUUCUUUCCACUGGAGUAUAAAUAUCUGCCAACUUGUAAUGUUUCAGUUAAAAAUAAUUUAGAUUAUAGCAAUUUUUAGCAAAAGCUCAAUUGAAAGUAAAAUUUGUAAAAAAAAAAAAAUUCUGGGAUGGCAAUAUUUUAUUUAUAACCGAUGUAUUUCUGUGUUCUCUUUUUUCUAAGUAUUUAUCAUAUUCUGUAUAUUGUUUGCAUUUACACCUUUAUUUGAUUAUAUUUGAGUAAAUAGGAGAAAGCAAUAUGUAAUACAAAGAGAUAAUUGAGUAGAUGACCAAGGUGGGGAGUGGGGCUAUAUAUUUGUUGCAUGGAUGGAUAAGGGCAAAAUUUUGAUGACGGGAAGGGUUAAAUUAACUCUUCGACACCUUCUCUUUAUACACAUCUCCAAGCAGCACUGUUUUUAUCAGUUUCACAAGUAAGUCUUCCACAUGUAAAGAAAAGCACGCAUCAUUAGCAUAAAAAUCAUUUGUGGUUAGUUAGCAUGUGUCAAAUUCAACUUGCCCUCUGAACAGCCGUUUUCCUGUCAGUCUCUCCAGAAAUCACCUUUCCUUCCUAUAGCACAAAGCUUUUAGCCUUCCUCUGUUUUGCCUUUUCACGCCCUUUAUAGUGUGAAAUGAACAAUUAGUCACUUCCUCACGAAGAAUGCAGCUUUUUAGAAAACCAACAGACCUUGGUUGUUUCUCAUGCAUUCUACAUGUUUUGAAAGGUUCUGUGGGAAGCCUGUGUGAUUGAAGAUCAGCAUUACAGAGUGAACAGUCUCUUGUUCCAAGUAGCAUCAGUAUUUUUACAUUCAUUUAAUUGGCACUGGAGACCUAUCUCAAGGGCAUAACAGUAAUCUGCAAGGGUCUAAUAUAAUAAUGGAUAUUCGUAGAUGCUUCCAUCUAACAAAAAGCAAAAAUGAAGGAACAAUUUUAAUAUGUAAACCAGAAUGAAUUGCAUCUCUAGCAGAAAUGCAUACAAAUUCUUGUGUCAUGGUUAGACUACUAAUCAUAUAUCAUACACGGGUGUUUAUCACAGCCAACUCAAGCCAGUGGAGGCAUGCUUUAUUUGAAAAUAUACUUUCAGAUAAUUGUGUAUCAGAGAGCAAUACUCAAAUAUCAAUAGUAUUGAAAAAUUAUACAAGGUUCUAUUAUUUGUGUUGACUUCUGAAAUUUAAUUUUAUAUAGAUGAUAAUGUCCAAACUAUUUUCUAAUUACUUAUGUCAUUAGAAAUGCAAUUUUUAAAUCAGCAUUCUGUAAAUCUAUUUUAUAUCUUAGGUUUAAAAUUUGAGCUGCUUUGGACGUAAAACUACUAAUGAUGGUUAAAUAUAUUAUAAAAAGCUAUUAGGGAAAUAAGGUUACAAAAUAAAGGUGGAGACUAAGGAUUAUGUGUAUUUUUAAACACAAACUAUAAAUAAACCAUACUCAUUCUUACUUGUUCAAAAGACAUAGAAGAGUGUGAGAACGCACAAGUAACCAAUGCAGUGUAUACUUCUUUACCACUGAGGACGAACAACUCUAUAGUAAAAUAAUGAAAAAGCAGAAUAUUGCUCAAAAUUUCGAAUAUUAAAGGCACCAGAUCUCCCAGAAGCGCCUCUGAACUAUCUAGUUAUUCAUUUUUUAUAUCUUUUUUUCUGACUUCAGUCCAUGGCUUUAGCCUCCUUGAGUAUUUUUGCUGCAUUUCUUUAUUCAGUCCUUUGUGCUGUUAAAUAGAAAAAUUCCUGAAUGAGUUCAUUUACAUUUAAUUUAUUGGAAAUUUUAAGAGUUUGUUUAGAAAUGAUCAUCU